AUGCGAUUCCCAGGUGAUAUGCCACCUGGGAACCGCAUUUUCACUACUAUUGAUGUGAAUUACAGGCGCGAAGCGGUUCAACUGGCUCGUCGUUGGAAAAAAACUGUCCUCCGACAGGCCUCGACCUAUGCACAGCUCCGUUUCCUUCACAGAUACCUUGCCAACUAUGUUAUGCCAAAAUGCCUCUCAUACAAGCCUCCAGUCAACACGGAAUUGGCUAAACAAACGAUGUUCCGCCAUAGCCGGCGAAUGACAAAAGUACUAAUACAAGAUUGUCACCUGCGACUAAAGAAAUACGCACACAGUGCUGAAAACUUCCGGAUGCUUGUUACACGCCGGUGUAGUGAAUCGACUGCCGCCACAUUGGAGAACACAUUACUAGCAUUGGAACGAAAGAAACGUGCUAACAGUGAUGCGGAUUUAUCGGCAAAGUUCAUGGCACUGCAGACCGCACAAGCCCAGGAAACCGGACAAACGACAGUACAUAACCUCUCGUCAAAACAACUUACUGUGACCCACACAAAAGUUCUACAACGUGGAUCUGGUUUUAACACAACUGACGCCGACCCGGUCACCCUCAUUGCUUCUUUCGAAUCAGUGCUUCGUCAAACCGGCGCCACAAACGAGGCAAAGGACCUCCUUCGACAUCAAGUCUCGUCACUUCUCAUGUGGCACCGGAAAACCCAUUCCCUGCUAAAAAAUGAACAAAAGGCCCUAAGGGAGUUGAAAGCGGACACCGAAAUAGUUAUUCUGCCCGCUGACAAAGGCCGGUCAAUCGUUAUCCUCGACAAGGUAGACUACCGACACAAAGCCCUCCUGCUCCUCAACGAUCAGGAGUCCUACUAA